UUCGAAAUUUCUUCGAGAGAGCAGGGGUUAAGUCACGUCGAGGCCUCGGUUUCGCCACGCUCGCCGCCACUUCUUCUCUUUAUAAUUAAGUUGCCGCCGGUAAAAUGAGCGCAAGCGUGCUACGAAAUAGGUACCGUGGAGGGAGAGAUGAAAGGGGCGAGGCCGAAGCUUAGCCUCGAAGACUACGUCGGUUUCUUCAACGAGCAUGGGGGGAGAAAUCUCACCAUCGCUCAACUCAACCAGAUCGUCCUCAUGCACGGAUUCAUCAAGCUGUACCGGUGCCAAAAGGCGCACAUCCUGAUGGCCCUGAGCUCGCUGGAGCUGAUGCAGCCGGACCGAUCGACACUCCGGCACCGCCUGCCGGUCGCCGGCGCGGCGCUGUCGCUGGACGAUGUGAAGCGGGACAUUGAGUCCCUCGGUUGGCAGGAGUGCCCCGUGGGUUCGGUGUUGAGAGUGGGUGAGACAGCGGCGGUGGAGGCCGUGCCGAUCUCGUCCUCCGGCGAUCUCAUCCGCUCCACCCCCGCCACGGACCACGAGAAGUAGACGAGACGAAAUGCCGAAAGGAAGAGGAAGCGGAUCUCGAUCGAUGCUUCUCUCUCGUCCUUUAUAUCGAGCUAGGGCGGAGGAAGGAGACUGGUAUAGCGGUAUGACCCACGUUUUGGUUCCCGUUUUCCGUUUCCUUUUCUGUUACCGGUGAGUACUUUUUGUCCUACCGUUUUGUAUAUGGAUGGGUCCUUUAUUCGAUUUCGACCCAUGCCAUCCACUGUUAUUUCCGUCCGUCGAUCCAUUGGUAUGGCCUGCCACGUAAUUUUUUGCCUAUUCAAUUUUGUGAAAAAAAAAUGGUUUUGAAUUUGUGCAAAGUCACGGCAACGGCAUUCCACCACGUGCGACACGUGUACAUGUGCAAAACUCCGUAGAAGUCCAUUACUUGCAUGCGAGAAUCGUGAUAUGAUGUUUUAUGCUUCGGAGGUCUUUGAUGAAUGGCUGUAAAAAUAAAACGGAAAAGAAGAGGCCAUGCGGACGCCUGAAACCGAGCGAUGGCACAGAGCCUGUAACGUCGUACCACACGCACACCUACCCACGCAUCCGAACGCACACGCUAAGACCUGUAACAAAGGAUCAAGUAGUUUCAAGCAUAAGCUCGGAACCGUCUGAUCAACGUGUUACCAGCUUUGGGGCCAUCUUGUCAUAUGGAAACAAAAACGCCCCCGCGCUCUACGAAUGUAUAAUAUAAUGUACGCCAAGAAGAGCCAAAAAGUAUCCAGGGGAGGGAGGGAGAGAGAGAGAGAUGAAGAGUGAAACGAGGAUUACGCCGGAGCAGUACCUCCAUUUCUACGAGGAUCCAUGGCGGUCCAACCUCAUACGCGCGCAUCUCAAUCAGAUCAUUGUCAUGCAUGGCUUCAUCAAACUCCACAACGUUCCCAAGGUUCUUAUGCAGGAAUCCUUGGGUUCCAUCGAGCUGAUCCCGCCGACGAGGUCGACUCUGGAUGAGGAUAUCUCGUCCGGCGCGCUCCUGACGAUGGCGGAGGUGGCGGAGGACCUCGCCGCCCUCGGCUGGAAUGAGUGCGCCGUCCGCUCCCUUUGGACCCUCAAGCCCGCGGCGGACCUCGAGCACUUCACGGCCGCCGAGUCGGAUCUCCCCUUCAUCGCCGCCUCAUCCACCGCCGACCAACUUCCCCGUCCCCAACCCUGCCCCCGUCGCCGCCGCCUACGCGAACGCUUCAGAGCUCCCCCAGCCGGCUUCGUGAUAAUGGGCAGGCGGCCGAGGUCCAAGCGGAAGCGCGUCUCCAUCAACGCCGUCACCGCCGCCGACCUGUUCGCUACCUCCUCCCCGUCCACCGCGUCCUCGUUUCCUCCGCCGCCGUCGACGCCUCCACCGGGCCUCCGUUCACACCGUCGUCCACGCCACCGAUGACGCCGCCUCUCUGGUAGCUGUCGUACGGUGCGGGCUGUGGGGUGUGGAGGAUUGCUCAACACCAAAACCGAUGCCAUCUUGACCGUCCAAUACGGUUCGAGCCAUCCCUUUUGCCCUUCUCUCGGGAGAGAAUUUUUUCCUUUUUCCUUUCCUUUUUGGCAGUGAGCGGACUCCAUGAGGUGGCGGACGGGACCUGGUUAAUGUUUGUUCGUACGCUUCCUUACUUUUGCUGCACCUUUGGUUGGAGUGUGAUUACGAUGACACCUUUUGUUUUCUUUUCUGAGACUUCAAGGAUCGAUGAUGUGUGGUACGGGCGCUUUUGCUAAUAUACUAAUUCUUUUAUUUUCGGACUUCAUGGAUCUGUCUUUUACUUUUAAUGUAACAAAUAUGUCUUCUGCUAUACAUGGUUUUUGAGACUGACAUAGCAUCCAUAGACCCUAAUCGAUUCAAGAUGGAUGGUCCUUGCACCGCUGAAAAUUACCUGGCAAAUUAAAACUUUCUUUCGCUCUUAUGUUUUAAUUAAACACUUUAAUGUAGAAUAUUGCAUGGAUGUAUCUAUGGGAACACAUUCAGUUGCUUAAAUAAA